CGUUUCAUCUGGGAAACUGCGUGUCCCCGAGGGUGCCGGCUCCCCUCACCCCCCUCUCCCAGGCGGGAGGAUGCCGUUCAGCCCCUCGCUGCACUGGACUUGGCCCGCAGCUCCUGGCAGUGAUCCUGACAACGUCGACGCAGGGAGGCCCGGCUCUGGUAACAGGGCCCAGUUGCCCCGUCCCUAUACUAUGCGAGCUUGCCCUGCACCCGGCCACUGUGUGGGGCCUGCAACCACCUAUGGGCCUCAGCCUCUGAAGACCAGCGAACCAUUCACCUUUUAAUAGGUUUCGGCAGUACUUGGAAGCAUUAUCUCGAAGAGGGGUUUGAAGACGACUGACACCAUGGAAUUGCCAAACUACAGCGGGCAGCUCAUGCAGCAACUGUAUACCUUGAGGAAAGAGGAGCAGUUCUGUGAUUGCACCCUAUUCAUUGGAAGCACUGAGUUUAGAGCACACAAGCUAGUGCUGGCUGCUUCCAGUUUGUUGUUCAAAUCUCUCCUGGAUAACACGGACACAAUUUCUAUUGACCAGGCAGUAGUAUGCCCAGAAGAGUUUGCUAUCCUUUUGGAGAUGGUCUACACAGGAAAGGUGCCUCCAGGAAAGCACAACUUCACAAAAGUUGUUUCUGUUGCAGAUAAUUUGCAGAUGUUUGACAUUGCUGUGAGCUGUAAGAACAUCGUGGCAAGCCUGAUGAAACAUACCACGGCAAGUGAGGUGCGGGUUUCUAUGGACGAAGUGGUGCAGCACAUAAUCGCACAGAGUCCAGCUGGCACAAAUUGGGUGGUGCAAGAGUCAGGCAAAAAUAAAGAGUCUUGUACCACAAAUGCUGAAACAGUGGUUUCAGAUAAGAAUAUUUCUGUGCAAGGAUUAAAUUGCACUGGCACAGUGGGCUUUAUGGAGGCUGCUCUUCCCUCUGAUGAAAAUACUGUGUAUGCUGAAAAUGAUGAACCAAAACAAGAUGGAGAGCACCAGGAAAAUUUACCAGAUACAAGUGCUAAUAACAUCCAGGACAUUAAUAAACCACCAGAUUGUAUUGGAACAAUCAAAGAAGAGAUGGUUACUGAAUCAUCUUGUGAAAAAGAGAAGCAUGUGGGCCCAGUAGAUUCGAGGAAUCUCACAGAACAGGAGUUCCUAUUACUGCACAGACAGGAUCUUGCAGAGGCAGUCCAAGACGUGCAAGGUUUAGUGGAAUCUGUGACAAAAUGUGAUGAUAUCCCAUUGCCAGAGAAAACGGUUUUCUUAGACUGCUGUAAAGAAGCAGAAAGCAGUGAGGUUUUCUGCAGAUUACUGGACAGAAUUACAGAAGCGAAGACUUUGCAACUAGAAACCCUGUUAUUUGUGCUUCAACAGAGUAAAGAAGCUUACCCCAGACUGAAAACUGUACUUCAGAACUUAAACCAAAAUCUGCCCAUAGAGCAUUUAAUGCUAACUGGCCGUAUUGACACAGAAGAUUUUUUGCUCAAUCUUUAUUUACACAAAGACGAGCUCUUGGAAAGUGUGACAGAUUUGAGUCCUUUAUUGGCGUGUCUUGAGUCUGCUGAGGAAACCAUUUUCAAUGAAGAGGAGAAAAAGGUGAUUGCGGAAUGCUGCGAAGGAGAGACACCCAGAAAUGCCAUGGCUAAGUUAUUGAGGAAAACAAUUGAAGAGAGACAAUUAAGUGCUGAGACUGCAUUAAAUCUUCUCCAAACAAUGAAAGAGGUUUGCCCUGUUCUACAGUCAUUACUAAGGACUCUCACUGAAGAACCAGGAAUAACUACAAAGUCAGGAGUGAAAAACCUUGAAGAUUGUGCAUUUGACUUGCUCAGGAGAUAUCAAGAGAAUAUUGUUGAUGUGGUGGUUGAGCUUCAAACCCUGCACAAUGUCUUGUCUAUUUCAGAGGAUAUAUCUGAUGACGACAAACAGAGAAUUGAAGAUCUUAUUAAUGAAAAAGAUGUGGUGAAUUGCACAAAUAAGUUGAUGGAAGCAGUGUUAGAGAAACAAACGCUGGCAGCACUCACUCUAUGGAAAGUGCUCAUCCGAAUGAAAGAGGAUGUGCCAAAGCUGUGCACCCUGCUGGAUGAACUCCAAAAAGAACCAGAUGGUCUCCGACUCAUUUUAUCAGUGAGUGAUGAGGAAAGUAAAGCCUUCAGUAUUUUAAGAAAACACAGACGGUUGAUCAUCAAUGGAAUUGAGGACAUCAGUCCACUGCUGGACUGUUUGGUACCUGGUGUAGAAAAUCUUCCCGCUGAAACAAUUGAGAUUUUGAAGAGCUGUUGUUUCAAGGAUACUGCUGGUCAGUCACUAGAAAGUAUUCUGGGCAAAAUUCUAGAAGAACGACUCAUUCCUGCCCUGGUGUUUUGUAAACUCUUGCAUAUGAUCAGUGAGUCCCAUCCGUCCCUUGAAUUGGUAAUGAAGACAAUGGAACAUGCAGGGCUAUUGAAAGAAGCAAUGAGUGAUCUGGAAGAGGAUCAGAAGGAAUAUCCAAUGGAUCUGGAUGAGAGAAGUGAGGAAGAUGGGGAUCACCCUGUUGGCACUGGCCAUGUCAAGGAAAGUAGCGGUGAUCCAGCAAUGGAUCCGAUGAAGCCAAUGCACAAACCCAGGGGAAAGCAGGACUUUUCCUGUUCUGCAUGUGGCAAGACUUUCAUGUUUAAAUGUCGUCUUGAGCUACACCUCACCCGCUGUCGCAAGAUUGGUCCACUUAAAACCGUUAACUGGGAGGAAUGUGAAGAGACUAGGACUUCCCAAAAGAAUUUAGAAAAUCCCCGAGAAGAUGUGCAUGUUGCACCAAAGGGAAAGAAGAGAAGGCUGCCAGUAUCUUGUGACAUCUGCGGGAAGUCCUUUGCUCACCAGUCAGGAAUGCAAUAUCAUAAGCGCUCUGAUCACUUUGAUGAGAAGCCCUUCUCCUGCAAUGACUGUGGGGCAAAAUUUGCAGCAAAUUCCACGCUGAAGAAUCACAUGAGACUCCAUACUGGAGAGAAGCCAUUCUUUUGCAAACUUUGUGACAUGACAUUUGUACAAGCUGCUGCCUUGGCAUAUCACAUGAAGAAAAAACAUUCGGAAGGAAAAAUGUACGCUUGUCAGUACUGUGAUACAGUGUUUGCUCAGUCAAUUGAAUUGACCCGCCAUGUGCGGACACACACUGGGGACAAGCCAUAUGUCUGCCGGGAAUGUGGCAAAGGGUUCAGCCAGGCCAAUGGGCUCUCUAUGCACUUGCGCUCCUUUCACAAUGUGGAAGACCCAUAUGACUGUCAGAAGUGCCGAAUGAGUUUCCCAUCUCUAGAAGAGCACAAGAAGCACAUCCAGGAAGUGCAUCCUCCCGAGUACAAUCCCUGUGAUGUUUGUGGCAAGAAUUUUAGUGCACCAUCACUUCUCGAAAGACACGUGGUUACACAUGUUGGUGGAAAGCCAUAUAACUGUGAAAUUUGUGACAAGGCUUAUCAGCAAUUGUCUGGACUGUGGUAUCACAAUCGAACUCAUCACCCUGACAUCUUUGCAGCACAAAAUCACCGCUCUCCAAAGUUUGCCACUCUGACUUGCUCAGCUUGUGAAAAAUCCUUUGCCAGUAUGACAGCUCUGAACAAACACGUGAAAUCUGACCAUUCAGAUAUGAAGAUGUUGGAGUGUGAAGAAUGCAAUGAGACUUUUGCUUCACAAGCGUUAUUGCAUGUACAUACAAAGUCCAAACAUUCAGGUAUCCAUCCAUUUAAAUGUACAUACUGCCCGUCAACAUUCAGAUUUCCCGGAGCUUUGCAGCAUCAUUUGAGCACAGAACAUUCAACUCAACAAACCAGCACUUUCCUGUGCGGGGAUUGUGCCCAGCUGUUCGGUUCUCAGCGGGACCUGGAAGAGCAUCAGAGGAGCAAGCAUGCUAGAAUCCUGUUUGCUAAUGUUCAAGAGGCAGCACAAAUGGUUAUCCAAGCAACUGGACAAUUGACAGCCACCCAGCAGGUCAUUUCUCUGGAGGAAACUCACCUGGCUGGUGUUGCAUCGCAGGUAUUUGUGGCAUUGCCCGAUUCUCAGAAUGGUUCCUCAGGACAUCAUGAAGUUGUUGCUCUUAAUGUGGAUGACCUAUUGGAUGGGACUGUGACACUGAUCUGUGGAGAGACUCCAUGAAAAUGUGUGGAAAUAAUACUCUAAAACACCACUGGAAGACUUCAAGAAUAUGACCAGAACAUUUUCCUUUACAAUGUAAUUUAAGAUUCACACAUCAUGCAAAUAUUUUAAUAUUUUAAAAGGCAUUGAUAUAAAAUAUCUCGCAAGUCCUGAAUGUUUGUAGAGCCAAAACAUUCGUAAAUGGAAAGGUUGUUGGGCUGAAGCUACAACAAAGCCUGCAGUAGUAGCACCGUGUGGUCUCCCUCAGCCUUGUUCCCCAGUCAUUUCAAGCAGCCAGUUCUGUGGGCAAUAGUUGAGGAAGUUAGAAAUAUUGCCUCAGUGAAGGAUGAAUUGUAUGGUUCGGGUGUGAUCAAUGGUCGAUGCUAAGGUGGUUCGCAGAGACAGGGGAAUCUCUAAAUUCUUCUUGGUAUUCCAACGCAGAGGGAGAUGAAAGGCCAGGAUUGUUCCUUGCUUAUUGGUUGCCUUUGUCCUUGAGUACUGGAUGUUCUCUGAUAAAACACAUAAAUGUAGUCCCAAGAAUAUCAUAUCUCGGCGUGGAUUUAGAAGACAUUAAAGAAUCCUGGCAUUGCUGGGCAACGAGACGGAUUUGAAAAGUUUGCAGAAAUAACUCUGAAUUAUUCAGGGUGGCAUGUGUUAUUCCUCACACUGAUAGACGUUGUACCCAUCAGGGACACCAUUUGUAACAAAAUUGUACCUGUUAAAGGUCGCUACUCUGAUGUAGCUUACGGUUGCAUGUGUAAUAAAAUUUGCAAAAUGUUUGAGAUUGGACAGUAAAGUCGAGGUUGAGCAAAAUGUUUGAGGUUGUGCUCUGGAUAAAUCAGCAUGUCGAGUUGGAACAGCAACCCGGAUUAUUAUCAUUAUGAAAUAUUAUUACGUGCCUACUAUUGGUCCAGCAAAACGUAUAAUCCGGUAAGGCUCUGGAACCAAGGUGCCGGUAAAGCUGUUGUGGACCUGUUACCUACCAGCGCAUUCACAAAAAAAACUGCUGUUAAUUGUCCGUAGCAUUUGAAAUGUUUUAACUUGACGCCAUAUAAUUAGAGGAGUUAGAAUUUGAUUAGCAGGGUUGCAAUUUAUUGGUAUUCACUCCAGAGGUUGCAAUGAACUCCAUAUUCACUCCAGAGGUUGCAAUGAACUCCAUAUUAUGUUAAGUGUUUCAGAUUAUUUUUUGUUCCAAUGGAUGGGGUGUGUGAAGUGAAGUCCAAUUGGGUAAAGAAAUGAACUAAUAUCUAUUUGUCCAUGGGUGAUUGUGUAAAAAUCUCAUUUUGACCAUCUGCUUUGAAAGCUGAGC